AUGAACAACACAGCUAACACAAGCAUCUACGCCGUCGACAAAGAAACUGGAAAGCGUUGUUGGGUCAAUUCCAAGACACCCAACACCGUAGCCAACGACUGUCUGGAGGGCGAAAUGACACUCCUGAUGAGAGAUGGGCAACACCCCUACUUUGAGGGAAAACAACGAAGAUUUGACCUUCAAGUUCAGUUCCGACUAAAGCAGAACGCCAAGACCAUGUGGUAUGGAGUUGAGCUAGAUGAAAGCCUUAAUCUCGGAACACUGCAAAGAAUGACUACAAAGGCUGCGCUUGGUUUCUGCCAGAAAAUGAACCCAGGUGCUUUCCACAGCAGCAUCUCCAAGGAUCCUUGCAUGGUCUUCAAGGUUGACAACAGCAUGGACCGCAUUGCUCAGACCGCACCUGGUGACCUUCCACCAUGUCUAGGAGAAGCUGUUGAAGAAUCAUCUGAGUCAAUCCAAAGGCGCAAAAAGGCAGGUGUUGAGUGGAAUACAAACGAUACCUACACCAUCUCCUGCUUUAGCUCCUACUUUGACUUCUUGACCUGGUCUAUCAUGAAUAUGCCAGGACUGCCAACUAUUGAUGCCACCAAAUUGGUUGGAAAUCAGCCCUUUCGGUUUGUCAUGUACACUCUCAAGGACGAGGACGGAUCCCAUACUCCUGAAAACAAAGACUACAUCUUCAACUUGGAGCUCAGUAACACAGAAAAAACGAGUCUUGGGCCUGCUGCUCAAGAAUGGAUCGAGCAACAGAAAAAGAAGGAAGCUGAAUCCGCCUCUAUCAGGCGCCCAGCUCGAAAGUCCAGAGCCGGCAGGUUGUUGAUGAAGGGUAGAUUGUCCAUGACUGGCAGAUUGUCCAUCGGUGGAAACAGACGCCGUUUGUCGGGCCUUUCCCUUUUCGACCAUCACGCAUAA